UCGCCCAAUAAUCUUGCAAGUCAAAACUUUUUUGAAUUUUUGUCAGUUCUACUUAACCUUUCAGUUAAAACUAGAAACUUCUCCGCGUGUUCCGUAUUUCUCAGUACCGAUACUUGUUGAGAUGGCAAAACAGAAUAAAAAUUCUGAUAAAAUUACUUUCAAAGUGAAGCAUUUGGAUGAAUACCAUGAGAUAGUUAUUGAUCCAAAUGAUGACAGAUAUGAAUCCAAACACCAACGUCAACAAAUAUUUGAACAGCUGGAGUCAAUUACUGGAGUACCCAGUAGAUAUACAGUUGAUGUUUUAAUACAUGUACUUAGAAACAGGAACCUUUCCGUUGAUACUGUUCGGUAUCCGUGGUCUUUUUCCAACCAAAAAGCCUACGUUCCUGAUUCGCUUGCGAGAUACUCUGCGCUUCCUGAUUUCUACGAUCUGAAUAUUUUUGAUGGUGAGCGCUUUUAUCUCAUUUAUGACAUUUCCUAUUCGCAUGAUGUAUCGAAACAUUUAAGUAUGCAUUAUACGCUAGUAGAUGAAGGUGCCGUCCCUGAUGAAGGUUGCAGUUUACGUGCCUGUCAAUAUCAAUGCUCUGAAAGUUACUUCAAAAGGUUGAAAGAUCUCAUUUGUAAUAAUGAAAUGAAUGCAAAAAUUACUCAGCUUGUCCAAACACAAAUGGAAUCGGAUUGGGAAUUGGACACGAUUUUCAGAGAGUUCAAUGUUAAACAACAUUUUAGUAUAAAAUGUGAUGUGGUUGAUAGGUGGUCCAUUGCAAUGAAUGGUCAUGCACGGCGACAUGAUCUUUAUCUAAGAACUCGAGGUUAAACCCUUAGUGA